AUGGACAUGAAAAAUGACAAUCAAUUGAAUUCAAAGCACUUAUGGUUGCCUUCAAUUGCAUUAUCCAAACACUAUUCAACCGCGAAGACUGACACUAAAGCCAAACCAUUGAACACAUUGAGCGACAAUGAAGUGCAGUCAUCGAAGUCCAAGAAACGGAUCCCAAGGAAGCGGGCAAUGGUUGACGUAAACGCCGACACACUUUCGCCAAUCCUUGCCUUCAGUACUGCCGAAGAAUAUGAUUUUGAAGAGUUGGCCGACGGUCUCAAAGGGCAGGGUUUGUAUGAUUUGAUGCCUUUCGACGGCGAAACCGAUGAUGUGUUUCACUUUCGGGCCAAAUAUGAGAUCAAUAAUAUCCGCAGAGAGUUCUUUGUCUUCAGACAUGGAUCUAUUGUCUGUUGGAAUAUGCCGUUCGUUGAGUGCGAAGCGAUUCUCAAAUUUAUCAAACAAUACGAAGACAAUCCUUACGAUCAAAGUAUUGUUGACGAAGAACAGGAGAUAAUGCACUACCAGUUGGUUACGUGA